GCAUCUGGAUACCGUUGCUAGGAGGGCGCCACGCCGGUGGCUUAGCGGGGGCUGCGGAAGCUCCCUCUGUGAAUAGCCCGCAGCGCUGCGCCUGGUGGAAGAUGCAAUGCCGGAUUUCUGCCCAUGUUGCGAAAAGGUGACAUCCUGGGAGAGUGCAGAUACAAAGAGUUAAACCCGUAGCCCAAAUUCGACAAUUCUGCAUCUUGUAAGCGCAAAGCAAGCCAUCGCCGCUCGCCAUUUCCUGGUCUGUAAGAGGAACGAUACAGGGCGCAUACAGUGAAAACCACCCAAGAAUUAAAGGCGAGAACUUAUUGGAAGCAAUUCUUAAAAUACAACUUUAAAACUAGGGCGGAUAACCUUCAGGUUUGACCUUUUUUGGGAGGGGGGAACAUGAACAUCAACAGCCCAUCACCGAAAGGCUUGACCGAAGCACACCGACGCUACUCUUUCUUGCAAACUGCCUCAGAAGGACUGGACCAGAACGAAUCGGAUUCGGAAAGCCUUGUUGAGGAGACCCAGUACCAAUGGGAAUUGCAGAGACGGAUCUGUGAAACUCAAGAACGAGUCAGUUGGGCCUAUGAAGAAGAGGCAGAUGACCGCAUGGAGAAGGACAGUCUGGAAGACAUGUGCCUGAGCGAAGAAGAGUCCCAUGGAGAGGAAACACAGAGGCCAAGCGAGGACCAGGAUGAAAGAAGAAAUCCGGAAAAUGAAAGCUCUUGGGACAGCAUCGUGGACGAGUAUUCCGAGCUGCGCUAUGAUCCCAAUUGGAAAGACAGUCAAAAAGGGAAAAGCUUUCUCCAAUUAGAAGACUCCCAUCAGGAGGAACUCAGAAACUUCAGCGUGACCUCCCUUGACCUGGCCUGCUCUCCUUCCCAGGGCCGGGUCCUCUCCGAAAACUGCCAGGGAAGUCCUCCAAAUAUCUCCUCAGCAACUGAUGGAGAAUUUUGGAAGCCUUCUGGUGACAAACCUGGAGACGGCAGAGACAGGCCUUUCCAGCUAGAUAAGAAAGGAAGAAAAACAGGCGUUCUCUACCAUUAUGGCAGCAAUGACAGUUUGGCCAGCUCCGGCUGCAGGGUUCGUUUCAAAGAACCCAAACCCAGACCUGAAAAAGACUUCAUUGAGAAAAACAAACACACGCUGGGAUUAGCCACCCAGCAGAACAGUUCCUACCUUCGGCUCCAUGGCAAAAAGCAGAGAGGAGGGUGUCAAGAGAAGAUAAUUGUGGCUCACCAGUCUGCACGCAGGCCUCCAAUGGAUGGCGUGAGCUCCAGCCAAGCCGCAUCCCUGCAAGUGACCCCCUUAAGCAAGCGCUGCACCCAACCUCCCUUGGGAACCCAGGUGGAACUAAGAAGCCAGCCGAGCGGUGGUAACAAUCUGUUAGAACUUGAGAAUGCUUGUCCAGAUUCCAUUGCUUACCGAGAAACAUCCGAGGUGCAGCAGGACAGCAGAUGUGCUCCGCAUUGUGAGUUAUAUCCACCUGCCUGCCUUUCCAUUGCAAAUCACUCCAGUGAAGACAGCCCUCUGUUCUCUGGCCAGGCUCCUUACCUCCUUCAGCACCAUGCCAAGAAACGGUCCAUGAAUUUAGCCUUUGCUGGGACACCUCUUCAGCGGAGUUCAUACCACAACUUUCCAGGGUUUCCUUCGCCAUGUGCGGGUGAAAAGUGCCAACCCGGCCUUGAAAACAUCUCUGGACUCCAUCACCCAUACUUCUACAGGUGUACUGUUUCAGAGCCUUUCCCCUCUCAUGGCAAGCGCUGGAAUCCACUAGGGCACAAGCGUGUUUCGUAUGCUCACGACGGUGGCCAGAAAGAGCCAGUAAACGGAGCAGUUGCAUCUGGGGAACCCUGCCACAUUUAUACAGAAGCGAUCCCUAACAACUAUGCUUUUGAGUACUCAGGGUCAUCACAGCCACCUGCUCCUCCCCCGGUGAAAAGAACCCUCUCUCCCACGGCACGGCUCAUCCAGGCGGUAGAACGGCAUCAUCGAGAACUCUCUCAGCUGGCAGAUGACCACCUCGCUAGGAAUCAGCUGGCUAGCAUGUUUCCCCCCAUAAUCCAGAGAGGGGAGAGCGACUCGCAGCUCCACCUGGAGAGCGGCGAAGAGACCCAGCCCGUCCUCAGCCGCAGCAAUUCCGAGGGCUACUUGCUUCAGAUGGAAAAGCAAAAGGAGAGGAGAGGAAAGAAGGGGCACCGGAAGGGCUCCAGGGCAAAAGGUUACGUGAAGAUGGACGUGAGGCUGGGAGGCCUUGGACCUGACUAUGAAACCAUCAAAGAAAAAUCAGAAAAGAUGAAGCACCAAAAAGUGUAUGCCAAGCAAGUCAAUGAACAAAAUCUGAAGAAUAUCUCAAGUGCACGGAAACCACAGCUGAAAACGGAGGAUAAAUCAGUGGUGUCAAGGCAGAAGGCCCUUGAAUACGCCAAGACAAUCCCCAAGCCUCGACUUUUUGUGUCAAGAUCGUCGGAGCAAGAGACCAAAGAGGAGAAAAACCUGGCACGGACAUUAAACGGAGAGAAUCUUCCUCCGAUCUCCUCUCUGGAAUCGCUGCAAAACAGGCAUGAGAAGGAGAAGCAGGUGGUUGCUGCGUUCAAAACACUCCAUAUUGUCUGACGAGGAGGCCAUGUCCCCGUCGACCUUCGUGGUCGCAGGACCACCAAGCAAUUCCGCUCCUCCGUUCUCUUCUCUCCACGUUCACUUGUGGUCCGGAAGGACGAGCAUACGGUGAUGAGUUUCAUGAACUUCUGCAAGAUCUGGGGUGUUUUCCAUGAGUUGCAUUCAGCCUUAUUUUUGUUGGGAUUUUAUUGUUGAUGAUUAAAACAUUGAGUGGACGAUGA